AUGGGCAAAUUCUGGCUUAUUUUCGAGCCUGUGCUAUGCUCCCUUAUUCUGGAAAACUUGGAUGCCGUCAUUGGCGAGUACUUACCACCAUUUGUGGAGUCGGUGAAACUGACAACCCUCACACUUGGCACAAAGCCUUUUCGGAUUGAGAGUGUCAAAACCUACUUGAACACAGAUCCGGAUACUGUGUGCAUGGAUUGGCGGGUGUCAUUUAUCCCGAGCGAUCGCUCGGACUUGACUCCGGGCGAGUUGGACAGACAGGUGAAUCCAAAAAUCAAGAUCAACAUCCACAUGACAAAGAACCUGAUGGGUGCUGUGUUGCCUGUUCAAGUCGAGGAUAUCUCGUUCCACGGCCAUAUGCGUGUCCAGAUCCGCUUCAUGAAUAAGUUCCCUUAUGCAAAGGUUUUCGAAGCCUGCUUUUUGGAGAAGCCUGACUUUGAUUACAACCUGCGCCCAUUCGGUACAGACAAUUUGGGUAUCGAUGUUAACGUGAUUCCAGGCCUGCAAACGUUUGUUCGCGAUCAAGCGCACGCUAUUCUAGGCCCCAUGAUGUACCUCCCAAACGUAUUUACGUUUGAUGUAGAAAAGUUCUUUUCCGGAGAGCACGAUAUCUCCCAAGCAAACGGUAUCUUGGCAGUCACUGUAUAUGAUGCAACAGCAUUGGACCCAGCCAAUAGCGAUGGUGGGCCGUUUGCAACACGGCCAAAGCACACACUCAAUCCAUAUGUGCGAUUUUCGCUUGACACUACCCAAGAGCUCGGUCGUACCAGUGUACGCUCAAGCACAAUGAAGCCGGAUUGGAACGAAACGCGAUUUUUGCUGUUGAAUAAUUUGAACGCCCAACUUUGUCUUGAGCUAUGUUCUCAGACAAAGAAUCCGGAUGCUGAAGAUGACAGAGUAGCUACAGGAUACUUUGAUUUGCGGGAACUGGACGAUGAGGAUCGCUACGAGCAAGAGGGACUUGAUCUGGCACUGUUGCACAAGGGUAACGCAAUCAGUGACCUGAAGGUGGAUAUGCGUUAUUUCCCAGUAUCCAAGCCUGUCAAGCAUGAAGAUGGCACAGUAGAUCCUGCACCUGAAUCAAACUCAGCUAUCCUUCGCGUUACAGUGCAUGAAUGUCAGAACUUACAAGGUCCUUCGCGCAUGCUGCCUUAUGUCCGUGUCAUCAUUAACGGAGAGGAGCGUAUCCGCACGUCACCAGCAUGGCGCAACAUUAGCCCAGUUUUUGAAGUUCCCGGCGAGACUGCCAUUCUUGACAAGAGCGAAGUGUUUGUCCGUGUCGAGGUCAAGGAUCGUAGCACCGUGCACAAGGACGUGCUCUUAGGUGUUUGGUCUGCCCAUCUGAGUGAAAUGCUUCAGUUCCAAGAAGAAAAUGAAGGAUGGUGGCCACUAUCAAUGCAUGAUGAAUCAGUCGGAUACGUUCGAUUAAGUGCACAAUGGAAGCCAGUCAUUAUGUCAGGACUUCGUGAUGGAAUCGGCCGCCAUGGUUACGACGCACCUCCUAUCGGUGUGAUGCGACUCACGUUCUGGGAAGCACGGGACCUGCGCAAUGUUGAAAAUGUCGCUUCUGGCAAAUCUGACCCAUACGUCCGAGUAUUAUCGGGCUACCAAAUCCGCGAACGCACGAAUGUUAUUGACAACAACCUUUCGCCCGAGUGGGGUGAAACCCUCUAUGUGCCCGUUCACACACCCAAGGAAGAUCUUGUGCUCGAAGUCAUGGACUGGAACGCCAAAACGCGCGACAAGUCGCUUGGCCUGGUUGAACUUAGCUUGAAGGAUCUUGUCCAGCUGCGCGUUGGUGAUCAGAGUGAGAAUCCGGACAAGUGGUACGAAGCAACGGAUGCUGUAAUUGACCAAUGGACUAUGCUUCGAUCUGCUGAUCGUCGACCUGGAAAGGGGGAGCUGCGCUACAGAGCAGAGUUCCACCCUACACUGACCCCCGGUCAAGAUACCGAGAAUGGACUUGACCAAGACGGCUCUGGCUUACCUCUCCAAGACCUUCACGGCAGCUUUAUUAAAUAUACACCCGAUGAUUUGGUCGAUCUGGCUGCAUAUUCCUCUGGUGUCUUGCGUAUCAAAAUCCACGAAGUCGAGUUUUCACGACAUGUUUAUGCAUACUGUCAAGUUGUUGCAGAUGCUCUUCUUCCACAAUACAAAACUGCUCGAUUGAAGGGCCGUAAACUAUCGUUCAAUGAAACGACAGAUGUGUUUAUUAAAGAGGCUGAUAUCUCACGUCUGGCAAUCGAGGUGAAGCCUGCUACGUCGGAUGAAAAGGACGAUACCAAGAUUGGCUACUGGAUUGAUGGUACCAAAGGCAUUAUUCGCCAUAUCCAAAAUAAACGACGCGGCAAUCAAGAGAGAGGUGCGAAUGACGAUGGCGACAACAGUGAAUGGUUCAGUCUCUUUGGCGGCGGUACUGAAAAUCCAGGUCGUAUUCGUCUCAGCUUCGAUUAUAUACCCAUGAGUAGCUUCAUUUUAAGCCCUGAUGAAAGCAUCGAUAAUCAAGGAACACUGACGGCGUCUCUGAUUCGUGGUGUUGAUCUUAAAGCCGCUGAUAAGUCCGGUACAAGUGAUCCAUAUGUCGUGUUUACUGUCAAUGGUGACCGCGUACACAAGAGUGGAGUUGUAAAGAAGACUUUAAAUCCUGUUUGGAAAAACGAGCAAUUUACUGUGCCCAUUCACUCACGUGUUACUGCAAGUUUCCGUAUCGAAGUGUUUGACUGGAACCAAAUUCAAGGCGAUGAGCCCAUCGGUUCGGGUGGCAUUACGCUUCGCGGUGACAUGGUUGAAAGUUUUGCAUCCAAGGAUGUCAAUAUUCCGUUGGAUGGUGUAGCUGGUGUUACGGGUAGCAUCCGUGUACGUUUCUUGUGGCAGCCACAACUUCUGGUAAAGAGAAAAACACAAACGUCCGUCUUGGGCAGCACUACACGAAUUGGCACGAGCACCAGCAUGUCGUCAGCUGAAGGUGGUGGAAUGCAUAGUCGCACAGCAUCAGAGGCAGGAUCUGGAAUCCUCCAACGGAGCAGCACCGAUCUUGGAUCGAUAGCGACAACGAUUGAUAAUGGAAAUGGUUUGUCGGAUACAGUCGGUGUUGACGGUCAGCUUACGGUUCGUAUCAUUGAAGCACGAGGACUUCAGGGUGUGGAUAAGUCAGGAACCACUAUACGGUUUAAGAUCAAGGAUUAUAAUCGUUUUAGCCGUGCAGUGGAUCUUGGCGAUAGUCGAUGGAAUAUCUGGGAUCUCAUUCGUCCUGAUCAAACACGAAGCGAUCGCUGGCUUCCAUUGGAUCCCAUUGGCAGUGGAGAAAUUCACAUUGUUUUGGAAUUUUCACCACAGUAA